GACUACGUUUGAUCCCUCCACUCCUCAAGGUAUGGACUAUGCAUUCCACGACGAUAUUAUCCCCUAUAUUUGCAAGGAACGGACUCCCUUCAAAAAUGAAUAUUUUAACGAGUUUAUGCAUUUCGAUCCCGAUCGAGAACCACACUUCUUCCCUACUGAUAACCUCCGUCGAUGGCUCCAGUCUCGUUGGCAGAGUUUGGAAGUUAAAACUGUGCACAGAGAAACCACAGAAGGCUUGCGGACCACCGUCGUCCCCUUUCUUAUGGGCAGACAGAAGUUUAGAUGGCGCUAUCUCAUCCGCCUGGAGAAUCUAACGGACGAAGCUGUGCAGCUACGCGAACGAUUCUGGAAAGUAUUUUCCGUAACUGGUAGCCUGGAAUCUGUCAACGGCAAAGGUGUAGUUGGUGUGCAACCUCUUCUGAGGCCGAACAACCCUGUCUUCCAGUACCACAGCCACGUCCAGGUUCCGGUUCCUUGGGCACACAUGUGGGGCUCUUUCCGAAUGGAGAAAGAAAAUGGUGGUACCGUAGAUGUCAAGAUUCCUCCCUUCCCUCUGUGUGACAAGGAUCAAUGGCCCACGGAAGACAGUAAGAAACCCCCUAGUCCACCACCAACACCGAUGCCGCCCGGAUAA